GGGCGGCCGUUGAGGCGCGCGCGCGCUCGCGGCGGCGGCACCUCCCGUCCCCUCCCGACCCCUCCCUCAGUCCCGCUCGGCGGCCGCGGCGGCAACAUCGGCGGUACCGCUGUGGGCAUAGGUGCCUGCUUCUUCUCCGCCUCAGCUCCGCUAUCCCCGGGCACGAUGCAGUUUAUGUUGCUUUUUAGUCGCCAGGGGAAACUGAGACUCCAGAAGUGGUAUGUCCCAUUAUCUGACAAAGAAAAGAAGAAGAUCACAAGGGAACUUGUUCAAACAGUAUUAGCCCGCAAACCGAAAAUGUGCAGCUUCCUCGAAUGGAGAGACCUGAAGAUUGUCUACAAAAGAUAUGCAAGCCUCUAUUUCUGCUGUGCUAUUGAAGAUCAGGACAAUGAACUAAUAACUCUGGAAAUAAUUCAUCGCUAUGUAGAACUUCUUGACAAGUAUUUUGGCAGUGUCUGUGAACUUGAUAUCAUCUUCAAUUUUGAAAAAGCCUAUUUCAUUUUGGAUGAGUUCCUUUUAGGAGGGGAAGUUCAGGAGACAUCCAAGAAAAAUGUUCUUAAAGCCAUUGAACAAGCAGAUCUUUUACAGGAGAGCCAGAACGAAGACUGGGGAGGUUUGUCUGAGGAUAUCUUAUGAUUAAGAGCAAUCUAAGGCAUUAGCCCUUUUGACCCCAUCUAAAUGAUUGGAAGCAGAGACCCCACGUAGUGUACUUGAAGAAAUUGGAUUGACAUAAAUCUUCUCUUCAGCUGAUGCCAUCUCAGUGUUUCAUACUGUAAAUGUUCACUGCCUUCAUUGUAAUGUUUAGCUAAUGGUGUAAGAUGCUGUUUGUCAGUAUUACUGUUUUGCUAAGCUGCUUCAUUCAGGCCUACAAGAAAAAUACAGAAAUACUUUUUUUUGAAAAGGGAACAAGAAACCUAAGUUCAAAAUUUAUAAAUGAAAGGGAAUUAGAUUUAAAUUGACUCAGUGUUUCCCUUCACUGCAUUUAUAGGAAAAUUGCAUUUGACUUCGAUAAGCCUACUGUUUUUUAUAAGCGAACUUGACUUCAGGAAAUAAAUGUAUUAUUAUGACAUAAGCAUAGUCUACCUAAAUGAAAAGAAACUACAUGGACAACUCCAAAUAUGAAAUGUUCUGGUGUAGAAAUUGUGUUUAUGCAACCAAAGAAUCUGUUCAUCUACAUUUUAGUCACCACUUGUGAUUAUUCUGCUUAUUUCAGUUGUUGCAUAAUGAUUGGAAAUAUCUGUUUACUACUGAAUUUGUCAUUAUACCAAAGAAUCCUGCCAGGAUCUGCAUAUCAAACUGGUAAAAAACUGUUAAGGUGAUAACUGCUUUUUUAAGAAAACUGAUCAACUCACUAGAGAUGAAGGUGUAUUUUAGUGUAGCUACCUUGAGCAAAACUGUGCAAGUUACUAUACUUCAAAGGGAAUGCAUAUAGGAGAGAAGGAAAACCAGCCCAGACUGAAUAAGGAAACUGUUUUUAGGUCUGAUAUUAGCUUGCUUUGACCAUGAACACAAGGAAAGCUUUCUAACUGAAUAGAGAGAUGUAUAAUGAAAACUGAAUACUUUCAAAGAUGGGAAAGAAGAAGCUUUACAGAAGGGACCUUUUAUUAUUUUCUUUCGAAGUCUAACAAUUAAUUUGUAUUUUUUGGUGUUUUGUAGUUACGCUUUAUUGGGUGUAUAGGUACUUUUAGGACACACUAAGUGUCAAAGUCAUUUAACUGCUUUUCUUGAUCAACACAUUAAACAUGUGAUACAUCCCUUACAGUACUCCUGCAUGAUGUAGUUGAACCAACUAAUUUGCAGUGAGAGCUCUUAUCACUACAAAUCAUGUAAACUGAUAUCCAGAAAUAUUUUGACAGUUUGAACAGACUCUCAGGACUGAGCCUGUUUCACUUGCAGAAAUGUGAUCCAUGUGUGAUUUUGAGGGAGACAGGGGGAGUCUGCACCUGAGAGUAGCCAAGUUCUGUUGUCUGUCCCCUCCCUCUCCACCCAGACACCGUCCCCUAGGAGUUUUGGCUUGUUCACCUGCGUGGUGCCAUGUUUUCACAGAGCUCAGCUCCAGCAGUGGCCAGCUGCAGAGUGGGUUCAGUAGUACCAGCCAAAGGAAAGGUGCAGUGGUGCCACUUCUAAGGCCCUGAUCCAGACCCCAGCACCAAUACUUGAGCCAAAAGAGUGGCCAGCCAGGCCCAGGCUGUGUGUGCCACUCCUGUGGCAGUACCAGCGUGGUGCCUGUGAACUCAAGCCAUUAGAACUUGUCUAUGGAUGCCCAUUCCAGGAUUUACACACAGAUUCCAGAUGACCAGAGACUGUUUUUUGUCCCAGGGCAUUUCCCCAGUGGGCAGGGGUAGAUGAGGGUAGAGGGGUGGUGAAAGGACCCUGUGUGUGUAGUGGUAAAAUGGAUUUAAGUCAAACCAGAAGCAAUUUUAUAUGUAUUAAACAUGUUUUUAAAGUUUACACUGUCACUUGUAUGUGCUUGGCUGGAUUAAGCUUUGUUGUGAUUGUGACAAACUGUUUGACCUCUGUCUGUCACAUUGGUUUAGUUGUAAUAAAUGUCCAUUUUUACACCAUUGCUGUGUUUAUAUGUAAUUAGUGCCUGUAUUCACAGAGGAAAGAAGAGGCCACUCAGUGCUGGCUUAAAAAAAAGGGAAAUUUUAUUACAGUGCUUAACCUGUUCUUGAGCACUUCAUUAAAAAAUGUUGAGGA